CCACCGCCAAACCACGAAAUCGCGCGGUGGCCGCUUAAACAAUGUAGCCCAAAAUGUUAAAUUUUUUUUGGCAGUUGUUUCAGAGAAGAAAAUGGGUUCGUCUAUGGAGAGACUCCGCAGAUCCCUGCCCUUCUCUCGUUUGUUCAGACAAUUAGAGAAUGAGGUGGAGACUGUUAUAAACGUACUACAACCUGGACCAUUGGGAAUUGUUGAACACAAGUUCACUGAACAGGAGAUACAGCAGGCAAAGAUUACAGUUAAGAGAGCAGUGAAGAACUGGAAUAUGAAUGCUAAACUUGAGGGGAAUGGUGGCAUCUUGGAAGGCUAUAUUCACAAAUGAUGGAAUAGAUUCAGAAGGGUUGUGUUGUAUUUCACUUUAUUUGAAUUCAUUGACAUUCUACUAAGAAGUUAGAACUAUGCAUGUUUGAAUAAAUUACAUCCAGUUUUCUAUCA